UGUGUGUUGUUUACAAAUUUGCUGCUUCGCGAACUGCACGGGGCAUGGUGGAAAAUGUGGUAGCAAACCGACAAAAAGUGCUGGAAAAGUGGUGUGAAAAGUAAAAACCAGAAGCGUUGGGGUGCUACUGAGGCUGCGGGUUUUUGUGCGGGAAUGUUAGAAGCUGUCCCAAUCGCUCAACCGUCCCGUACCUCGCCAGCCAAAGCGUACCACCUCCAUCGCUCGCAGUAAGAAGGAGAAGAAGAAGCAGCAAAGUCGGUUGUGGCGCGUAUACAAUCCUCCAGUGCCUGUGGUUUGCUCCCAUUUUUGCACAGUUCACAAAGUUUGCCAAAAAAUCACCGAAAACCGUUUCGCGCGGACGUGUCCAGAGCGAUCAACGCCAGCCAUGGGAGAAAUGAACGGCGAGGGGCAAAUCGAGGUGCUGGAAAACGACAUACGCACGUUGCGAAAGCAGCUGCAGGAGAAGGUUCAGCAGCUGAAGACCUUGAAAAAGCAUUUUCAGAAAAAUUGCAUUACCAAGCUGAACAACGAUGAAAUUGCACGGUACAGCCGCCAGAUUAUCCUAUCCGAGAUCGGGGUGCAGGGGCAGCUGAAGCUCAAGAAAGCCUCCGUGCUGGUGGUGGGUGCCGGCGGGCUCGGCUGCCCUGCCGCCCUCUACCUGGCCGGUGCCGGUAUCGGCCGGAUCGGCGUGCUGGACUACGACGAGGUGGAGCUGACCAACCUGCACCGCCAGCUGCUACACACGGAGGCGACGGUCGGGCUGACCAAGGUCACCUCGGUACAGUCGUACCUGGAGCAGCUCAACUCGCAGAUCGAAAUCGAGACGCACCACGCGCAGCUCACGAGCGAGAACGCGCUCGCCCUGCUCGAACCGUACGACGUGGUCGUGGACGCGACGGACAACGUGGCCACCCGGUACCUGCUGAACGAUGCGUGCGUCCUGCUGCGCAAACCGCUCGUCUCGGGCAGCGCGCUCCAGCUCGAGGGCCAGCUGACCGUGUACAACUACCGCGGUGGGCCCUGCUAUCGCUGCCUCUUCCCGACCCCGCCCCCGCCCGAAUCGGUCACCAACUGUGGGGACGGGGGCGUCCUCGGAGCCAUCACCGGUGUGAUCGGCGCUCUGCAGGCGCUGGAAACGAUCAAAAUCAUCCUGUCGAACGAGGGCGUACUGGCCGGGCGGUUGCUGCUGUUCGAUGGACAGCAGAGCGCGUUCCGCAACCUCAAGCUGCGCCCCAAAAAACCCACCUGUGCCGUCUGCUCCGAGGCGCCCACACUCACCAAGCUGAUCGACUACGAGCAGUUCUGCGGGAUGCGGGCCACCGACAAGGACGCCGCCCUGACGCUGCUCGAACCGUGCGAGCGAAUUUCGGUGCGCGACUAUCACGACGGCUGGCUGGCGGCCGGUCGGGACCAUCUGCUGGUGGACGUGCGCAACGCCAAUCAGUACGAAAUGUGCCAGCUGCCGGGCGCACCGGUCAACGUACCGAUCGAGGACAUUCUUAGCAACCGGCGCACGGAGGAGCUGCUGGCACGGGCGCAACAAGCGCAGCUACCGGUGUACGUCGUGUGUCGCCGUGGCAAUGAUUCACAGCUGGCGGUGCGGCACCUGGCGCCACUGUUCCGGGAGCGCAAUCUGCCCGCGCCACGCGACCUGAUCGGCGGGCUGCACGCCUGGACGAAAACGAUCGAUCCAAACUUUCCCAUCUACUGAACGGGACUUCCCGCCUUAUCAUCAUUUGUUUUGUAAUAUUUGUCUUUUCGAGCACAAUAAAAUCAUAAACCACUGUUGGUGGCGCAUAGCGCGACAGUAACAAUA